CACAAUGACAGGCAAAGUGGACAUAUUGGCGGAGUUGCCACAACUGCUGCACAUAAUGGCGAGUCACAGCAUCAUUUCCCGGAGCACCGUCACAGAGAGUAUGGCCAAGUUCGCGUUGAACAAGCUGGCCGAUUCCGAUGCCCAUGAGAAGACGGUGCUUCGACUCCUCCUAACCAUUGAGGAACACUUUCGAGAGUACUUCGAUACCUACAAGAAGGAGGUGGAGCUGCAGCGGAUCGCGGCCGAAACCCUGUGGCAUCUCAUCCAGCGCUACAUGAUCGCCAUGCAAGUGGACACGAGUUGCACAUGUCCCCAGAUAUAUGAGAUAGAAACGGAGGAUGCGAUUUUGAACAAAUACCAUAUGCACUAUCAGGUUAUAGACGGUUCCAAUAAAACCCAAAAAUGGGCCAUUCAGGCUCUGAGGCCCUUCGUCCUGGCCUUUCGACGGGAGUGCGCCAAGGUGAACCUGAAUGAGGACACUCCGUUCGUGAUGGGCGAUGCCUUCCACAAGCCUAUAAAGUUUUUCAUCGAACUGGUGGAUGAGAUAUUCGACUAUUUCUACAGUGCCUACUUGCAACUGGAUUGCGGCGCCCGGCUGUUGGACCCUCUGGACAUUAAGACCCUGGAGCACUACAAGAACUUGCUGGCACCGAACGAGGACUUUGACGAGUACUUCAUGCACAACAUGAGCUUCUGCAAGUGCCUCAGGAUUCCGCCCAAGUGCAUUGAGCAGAAGGUGGACGAUUGCCAGCCGAAGAAGGACCUGCUCGACCACUUCAAAAACUUGGCCAAGAAGUCGAGGUGUGCCCAAAGGGUGGCCAAAAUGUCAAGCCAACUGCCGGAAUCCUGUGCUUCUGCCUCGAAGCCCGACGAGUCAAUGGUAUUCAGCAGUGUGGUCAGCGAGUUGAGGCUGCGGAAUGAUCCCGCGGUAGUCUCGAAGACCUCACUGCAGACUGGGGACUCCGCAUACCGGCAGAUCCACGAACGCUAUGUCUCGGACCAAUUGCGCCGGGCUCUCAGUCUCUCCAACUACAGGUUGAGGGUCGACUAGGCUUUGGAACACUACUUGUUGCUCAAAUACUAUUGGUUUUCCCACAACUCCCAAUUAAGUCACAUUAAAUUGUAUAAUCGUUGAAAGAGAA